UCCCGUUGGUGGGAGCUAUCUUUGGAAUCCGGAUAGCUGUUGCAACUGUUUUCCAACAAGCAAGGGAAUGAGGCCACUUUAAAACCACCCGCCACCCACCGUGGAAUACUCAUUGAAGCCACGGCAGAUUAUCAGCCGUUCUUUCUCUUUCGUUGUUGACCAUGAUGAAAAUGAAACUCUUGGCAACCGCGUUGCUGUUGGCAAUGCAAGGCUCUUAUGCUCAGCACGGUCCCAAGACGGAGAGCCAAAAGAAGCAGGAACGCUUCUUCAUGUGCAUUCGAUCCAUUGAAAAGGCCAACAAAGAUGGGGAUGAUUUCCUGACGCGCCCUGAAUACCAGCCGUUCAUCAAGCAUUUGUCUGUACAGAUGUUUGAUGACUCCAUCUUGGAAAAGGACGAGCUACCCAGAGAUGUAGGGCACCUCUACAAGUUCCUCAUUGUGGCCAGUGGAGCUGAAAGUGGAGCCAAGGCCAUUGACAUUUACGGGGCAUCCUCCAUGGAAAUACCAUUCAUCAGUCAAGAUCGGUAUGACCAGCUACAGAAGGUCUGUGAAGCUGUCAUGAAAGAACUGGCCAGACUGGGACCACAAACUGAGGCUCCUAUACAAUUGGCAGGGGACUUGCUCUCAGAGGAAGAGUUUGAAGAAGAAGAAGAAAAAGAUGAGGUCCCAGCGAGUUCCAAACCCAAAGAAGAGGACAUGGACACGGAAAUGAUUUCUGUGCAUUCUUCAUUCCUCCUUUACAAUAGGAGGAGUAUCACCAAGGAGGACUUGAGCAUUGGACCUGACAGCAUCCUCUAUGCUGCCUAUGUUGACUUUGUCAACGAUCUCAUGGACACAGUUUGUCCCUUGGGCCGCCCUUUGGGCCACUGUCCGGAAGAGCCUGAAGGAGACCUUUUGGAGGCACCAGAGGAACCGGAGGAACCGGAGACACCUGCUGGAAACUCCACUGAAGGUCGCUACCUGCUCAGUCGCCGCCUCUGCGGGGACAUUCGGAUGCGCCGAAUGCUCUGUGGGAUGGACCGACGACGAAGGCUUGGCGGGAUCUUUGAAGGUGCGGAACUCUAUGAAGUCAAAGCAACGGAUUGCCCAGAGGAAUACAAUAUUCAUGGACACGAACAUGGUAUCCUCCCACAUUGCCAUACAAUCUAUGCUUACUAUGAAAUCCUCGUGCAAAAGCCAAAGAGCGUCCUGUUCAAAGAUGUGGAAGCCAAUUAUGCAGCUGUUACCAAAAGUGGGAUUUCCGAUCACAUGCUAGCAGAUAGUUUGAAGAAGAUUGAUCCCAAAUCCCCCUUCAAAGUGCUUGGGCCUGGAAAAUUCCGCUAUCCUUAUGAAAACACCCAUCACAUGGAACACGAAGCCGAAACCAAACCGCCCAAGAAACCUCAGCAUGACUCGUACCUGAGAUUGUAAGGAACAACAGACAGCUUAGCAGUCAGAAACUUUGGAUAAAUGGCUGUGCACGGUGCCUACUGCAAGCUUUCCCUUGCCCGGCCUCUAAACAACAACGUACACUAUACUUCCUUUUAAUAACAUUUAGUUCAGCAUUACGAUAACAGCCAAUUCAUCAAUC